CUGGAAAUGAAAAAAGCAGGAAAUAAACUUUCCCGCCGUGUUUUUGUUGUCACUUUUGUCCCUCUGACUCAGUUGGUAGCUAAAUAUUUUUGUAGGCAAAAAUGAGGAGAACCAGAAGCUCAAGAAAUAAAAUUCAGAGCACCGCUGAAAACGAAGAAGGUCCCACGAAAACAGUGUGGCAGUGGAAAGGAGAUGAAGGCCAGUGGGAGCCGUACUCCCCCUCAGCCUGUGCCCAGCUGGACUCCGCCGUCUCCUCUGGGCAGACAUCUGUCCGUCUGACUCUGGGCCCAGGGAUCGUGUAUGAAGUAGACCUGAAGAAGAUGGUCCAGAUUAAUCCACAGACGAAGUACAAGAGGAAGAUCCGCUCUCAGAUUGUAAAACUAGAGAGUUUAAAUGGAGCUGAUGACCAGGCUGCACCAGAACAAACGUCAGUUCCAGUCAAAGAGGAAGACGAGGGGGAGACAAAAGAGCCGCCAGCAGCCAAGAGGAGAAGAGGGCGAAGCCAGACACAGAGGAAAACAGAAGAAACGCCCAAAGGAGACGUAAAAAGUGAAGAGGUUGUGAGGACAGUGGUGAUGAAGGGCAAAGCUCCGGUGGACCCUGAAUGCAAAGCCAAACUAGGAAAGGCUCAUGUCUACUGUGAAGGAAAAGAUGUCUAUGAUGUGAUGCUGAACCAGACAAACCUUCAGUUCAACAACAACAAAUACUACCUGAUCCAGCUGUUGGAGGACGACAGCUCCAAGGCUUACAGCGUGUGGCUGAGAUGGGGCCGAGCCGGAAAUGUUCUCAGCGAUGCGUCUGAUAUUUCCACAGUGGGCAAAGUGGGCCAAAGCAGCCUGACAGCCUUUGGAGGGGACCUGCUGAAGGCCCAGGAUUUCUUCACACAAAAGUUUUGGAACAAGACACUGAACGAGUGGGACCGCCGAGACAGUUUUAAGAAAGUGGCUGGAAAGUACGACAUGGUGUUCGUGGAUUACAGCGCCAACGAAAAGGAGGAGAACCAGACCACAGUGGAUGCAGCAACCCCAAAGCACACCUCAAAGCUGGACGUAAAGGUCCAGUCUCUGCUGCAGCUCAUCUGCGACCUGAAGGCCAUGGAGGAGUGUGUGCUGGAGAUGAAGUUUGACACCCGCAAAGCUCCUCUGGGAAAGCUGACCUCAGAGCAGAUCCGAGCGGGCUACGAAGCUCUGAAGACCAUCGAGGAAUGCUUGAAGACGAAGGGCAGCAAUAAGCAGCUGCUGGAAGCGUGCAACCAGUUCUACACCCGCAUCCCACACGACUUCGGGUUGAAAACUCCCCCCAUCAUCCGCACGGAGGAUGAGCUGAAGGAAAAAAUCACUUUGCUGGAGGCUUUAAGUGACAUCCGGAUCGCAGUGAAAAUGGUCCAGUCCAGUGCAGGUGGGGAUGAACAUCCUCUGGACAGACAAUACCGCUCCCUCCAGUGCAAACUCCAGCCCCUUGAUUCCAGCAGUAAUGAAUAUCAGGUGAUAGAGAAGUAUCUGCAGUCCACUCACGCUCCCACUCACCGCGACUACACCAUGGCCGUGCUGGACAUCUUCUCGGUGGACCGAGACGGGGAGAGCAGCAGCUUCCUCUCAGACCUACAGAACAGGACUCUGCUGUGGCACGGCUCCCGUCUCUCCAACUGGGUGGGCAUCCUCAGCAAAGGCCUCAGAGUGGCCCCUCCUGAGGCUCCUUCCACGGGUUACAUGUUCGGAAAAGGCAUCUACUUUGCUGACAUGUCAUCAAAAAGCGCCAACUACUGCUUUGCCACGCAGAGCAGCAGCGUGGGACUGCUGCUGCUGUGCGAGGUGAGUCUGGACUCUGAGCUCCGCCAGGCCCGAAGCCGGCCAGUAGGGGGCGCCCCGAGGCCCCCCGAUGUGCAGACGGCGGGUGUCGCCCUGGGAGACUGCAACGAGCUGCUGGACGCCGACUACGAGGCCGCAAGGCUGCCCGCCGGGAAACACAGCACCAAGGGCCUGGGGCAGAGCGGACCCGACCCCAGGAACUCCGUCACGCUGGACGGUGCGGUGGUGCCGAUGGGGCCCGGGGUGAAAACCGGAAUCGGAAAAGCCGGCGCUUACUCGCUCCUCUACAACGAGUUCAUCGUUUACAAUCCGGCUCAGGUCCGCAUGCGCUACCUGCUGAGGAUCAGGUUCAACUUCUCCUCGCUGUGGUGAGCAGCGCGGGGGGGGGGUCCGGGGGUCCCCUCCGGGCUGGAUUCUGGGGUGAGCUGAACACGCUGCUCUCCUCACUCAGAGCUGAUGCUCCAGCUACGUUUGUUAAAGCUGCCUUUUUCUGAACGAGUAUUUUAAAUGCCUUCUGUACAAGAUGAAUUGGUGAAUUUCUGAAAAUACCUCCUGUAGUGAGGGCUGACCUGAGUAACGGCUGCUAAAGUGAAAAAGCUCUUCAGAAUGGGACCUGCUCAGACCCAUUUUACUUUGACUGACUCUCGACGGACACUUUAAAAGCUGCUGCCUGUUUCUGUCUGAUGGCCGUCGGUAAUGACAGCAGUCAAUAACUGGAUCCUGACUAAUGUCCAGAUUCUGCUGGUUAUGAAGGUGGAAGGGUUCAUGGAAGAAGAAGAUAAAGCUUGAAAUGACCUGUUGUUGGGUUUCUGAAGUCCUCUGGUAUCUCUGUAAUGGAUUUAUGUGUUUCUCCUGUGUAUUGGUGUCACAUUCACGUUUACAGGGGAUAAAAUGACGAUCAGCAGAGAAUUUUGCACUACAUGUAGUUCCCGUUUCUUUGUCACUGUAUCAAUAAAAACUGUAUUUAGCAA